GAAAUUGUCCAAAGCGCAUGAAUUGAAACUUUAGCAGGAAGUUUGAUUUUGUCUGUAGCGGCUCCAAUGUUUAGAUAAAGGCAAUAAUUGCGGAAUAAAGUGAAAUUAACUGUUUAUUUUAUGUCAUUUUCAGCUGAUCCGUUCAGUUUAUUGGUGGUCUCGUGUUAGUUUGAGUGAAGCUAAACAUUUAAUGUGUGGGCGAGCUCUCGAGAGGGAAUUAGCCCCCCAAUAAUCUUCAACUGAUUGGUAGAAUCUCAACCAGGCCAACCCUCGAAGCCGUCUUCUGCUCGCGAUACAACCUAAAGCCGAUCGGGAGGUUCGGGGAAACGCGGUCCAAGGGUCGAGCCGCCGUGUCAGCAGCCUAAAGUCCUCCGACCGACUCGAGGCGGAGCGACCAUGAACCGCGCGGGAUCUGCCUGAAGGAGACGCGUCAUGGGGAGCCGCAGGAACGGCUUCAGAAACGAAAGGUUCGUCCUGUCGGUGGACGUUGGAACGACUUCCAUCAGGUGUCACGUUUACGACAAGGAAGCCAAGAUCCGCGGGUCCUGCUCGGAGAAGGUUGUCCCUCUGUUUCCGGAGGAAGGACACGUGGAGGUGGACCCAGAGGCUCUGUGGAAGAGUUUCAUCUCUGUGGUCAGAGGAGCCGUGACAGAUGCAGGCAUACGGAUGCACCAGGUUGAAGCUCUUGGCAUGUCCACCCAGAGAGCGACCUUCACCACCUGGGACAGGAAAACGGGGGUUCCUUUUCAUAACUUUAUCAGCUGGCAGGACCAAAGAGCUGCAGACCUGGUGAGGUCCUGGAAUGCAUCCUGCACCAUGAAAGUCAUCCAUGGUCUGAUGAAGGUGGCGUAUUUCCUGACUCAGCAGAAGCGCUACCUGGCGGCGAGUCUGAUCGUGUUUUCCCCCCAGCACGUCACCAUGCGGUUGCUCUGGGUUCUGCAGCGCUGCGCACAGGUGCGUCGAGCGUGUGAUGAAGGCACCUGCUGCUUUGGGACUAUAGACACCUGGCUGCUCUACAAACUCACUAAAGGCCGUGUCCAUGCCACUGAUUACUCCAAUGCCAGCUCCACUGGGAUUUUUGACUCCUACCAGAUGUGUUGGAGUGGUUUUCUCUGCUCUCUCGUGUCCCUGCCGCUCUCCAUUUUCCCCACAGUACAAAACACCAGUCAUAACUUUGGCUCCAUCGACCCGUCCAUCUUCGGAGAGCCCAUUCCCAUCAUGUCUGUGAUGGCGGACCAGCAGGCGGCCAUGUUUGGAGAGUGCUGCUUCAACGUUGGGGAUGUCAAGAUCACCAUGGGAACGGGAACCUUCAUGGACAUCAACACCGGCAGCAAGCCCCAUACAUCAGUGGCAGGUCUGUAUCCUGUCGUGGGGUGGAAGAUCGGCUCAGAGGUGGUGUACCUGGCGGAGGGAAAUGCAGCCGACACAGGCACCGCCAUCAGAUGGGCGCAGGAGCUAGAGCUCUUCUCGGACGUCAGCCAGACCAGCUCCAUGGCUUACAGCGUGCCCGACUCGGACGGGGUGUGCUUUGUCCCGUCUUUCAGCGGCCUGCAGGCUCCUCUGAAUGAUCCCAAAGCUUGUGCCUCCUUGAUGGGCCUCAGACCCUCUUCCACCAAGAGCCAUCUGAUCCGGGCCAUUCUGGAGUCUGUCGCCUUCAGGAAUAAGCAGCUGUAUGAGACGAUGCUGCGAGAGACCAACAUUCCCAUCACCAACAUCAGGGUGGACGGCGGCGUUUCCUCCAACGAUUUCGUCAUGCAGCUGACUGCAGACCUAUUUGGCAGGAAGCUGGUCAGACUGCAGCACAGAGAGAUGUCCUGUCUAGGAGCUGCUCUGGUGGCCGGACUUGGAACAGGUUUCUGGAGGACACGCGAUGAGCUGAGGAAGCUGCAGAGCACAGGUGAGGUGUUCCUUCCACGAGGAGCAGCCAUGGGGGGUCCACAGGGGGAGUACGCCCCCGUCCUCCAGCGCUGGGAGAGGGCUCUGCAGCGCUCCAUGAACUGGUACAAGUCCUGACGACAGACACAUGGAGGAACGGCGAGGAAGCGAGACUGAGAACAGCUCCAGAGACGGCCGUGGAGGAAGACGUCUGAACGUCGGCGGGAAUGCUCCCUCCAGGAAGAAGAGCAGUGCGGUGCUUCGGCCUGUGCGGCUGCUCCGUCUCUUACAUUCCAUCAUCCAUUAUAGAAUAAAAACAUAAACACUCACUUGA